AUGUCGGUAUUUCUCCUUUGCUGGCUGGUGGCUUCAGUGGUAGCUUCACCUCUCGAUUUCUAUGCCGGUUCCUCACAGGUUGCUUUCAACGGUGUUCAGGCCGACACGGGAUCGGAGGUGGGCUGGUAUGAUCCACGUCUCAAGGGUGGACGGUUCCUCGACUAUACUUCAAAGAAAUACGGUGAACCGCUGAAUGUCAUCAUCUCGGGACUCUCAGAUCCUUUUGUCCUGACGGAUGAAGGGAUGCUAUACUAUACGAGGUCCCUUGGAUAUUCUGAGGAAUGUCUAGGUCUACAUGCUGGUACCCUUCACAACGCCCAUCUCGGAGAUGGAGACGGUUGGAAAACCCAGCUUUUCAUUGCAAGACAACAUUAUUUCCCAAUCUGGGGGACAUGUUGGGAGAGCCUAGCAGGGGGACAUCAUUUCAGAGCCUGGAAACAGAACGGAACAGAUGCAAACAGUGGUGCAUGGUUUAUUGGUGCAUCGAAGGAGCUCGAUUCCAGCAAGCACCACACCAUCGUCCCUAAUGGAUAUAAUUUAGGACGUGACUGGCUCGUUGAACGGGCAGUGACGGGCGGGCACUGGAAGGGGUUCUGGUGGAAAGCUAACGUGGAAUGGCGAAGCGAUCUCCUUGAGGAAGGCAAGAAAGGUGUCAAUCAUGGCAUAGCACAAGAUGGACGCGUCGCUGUACUUACUGUGUUCCGUGUCUAA